AUGAGCGACCACAGCAGUAUCCUCCCAGAGACCCAUACCCAAGCAUCCGAGUUAUACAAUGCAGAAAGGAAACGCCGCGACUCGCACGCGGCAGACUCUGUCCACCAUGGCAAAGUCACCGACGUCGAAGAACAGCUUACCGCGACAGGGGAGGCAAAAUACCACCGUCUGGGCUGGAAACAGCUCACCCUCAUGCUGGUAGUCCAAGCCAUCGCGCUCGGCUCCCUCUCGAUCCCUUCCGCCUUUGCACCGCUGGGCAUGGUCGUCGGCGUCGUGUGCGUGGUCGGCAUCGGCCUGAUGGCCAUCUACACAUCCUACAUCAUCGGCCAGGUGAAGCUGGCCUUCCCGUCUGUGCAGCAUUACGGCGACGCCGGCACGUUGCUGAUGGGCCGGUUCGGGUACGAGCUGCUCUCCGCCGUCUUCAUCAUCCAGCUCGUCUUCGUCGUAGGCUCGCACUGUCUGACGGGGACCAUCGCCUUGCGCAUGAUCACCGAAAGCACCCUCUGCUCCGUGGUGUUCGGCGUCGUCGCUGCCGUCGUCCUCUUCCUGUUCGCCAUCCCGUCGUCCUUCGCCGACGUCACCAUCCUCGGAUACAUCGACUUCGCCUCCAUCGUCUCCGCUAUCGGCAUCACGAUCGUCGCAACGGGCGUCCAGGCCGCCAACCAGCCCGGCGGCCUGGCCGCCGUACCCUGGACAGCGCUCCGUUCGCCGCACGUCACCUUCACGGACGUCUACAUCGCCCUGGGCAACAUCAUCUUCGCGUACUCGUUCGCCGCGUGCCAGUUCUCCUUCAUGAGCGAGAUGCACACGCCCGCGGACUUCCCCAAGGCCAUCCUCACGCUCGGCGUCCUGGAGAUCUGCAUCUACACCGUCACCGGGGCGACCAUCUACGCCUUCGUCGGGCCGGACGUGCAGUCGCCCGCGCUGCUCUCCGCUGGCAGCACCAUCAGCCGGGUUGCGUUCGGCGUGGCGCUGCCCGUCAUCUUCAUCUCGGGAUCCAUCAACACGAUCGUCUCCGGGCGCAUGGUGCACCAUAGGCUGUACGCGGACAGCGUGACGCGGUAUAUCAACACGCGCAAGGGCUGGGCGACUUGGCUGGCGGUCGUUGCGGCCAUCACGAGCGUCGCGUGGGUGAUUGCCGAGGCGAUUCCGUUCUUCGAUGACCUGUUGUCUAUUGCGUCGUCGCUGUUCACGUCUGGGUUCUCGUUCUAUCUGCCGCCUGUUAUGUGGUUUGUGCUUCUGCGGAGGGGGAAGUGGUAUGCGCGGAGGAAUUUGGGGUUGGCCCUGCUGAACGGGCUGGUGUGUCUGUUUGGUCUGGCUGUGCUGGUCUGCGGGCUGUACUCGAGCAUUGAGGAUAUACGAUACCGCUACCGCGCUGGGAAAGUUAGGAGUCCGUUUAGCUGUGCUGCGGUCUCAUAG